UUUGCGCCAGUGUUUCCCAUCCCAGUACUGACCUAACUCAGAUCUACUGAGAAGUUAGGGGGCUCUGAGGGGAAAAAAAGAGAAAAAGAUUAUUUGCAUUCAUGAAAUAGCUACCAAGGCUCCUGGGCCUUUUUCCUUUCUGAAAUGGUGUCUUCACAUUAUUAGAAAUUGCUGAUCAGAAUCAGGGGCACUUAAGUUUAUUCUCUGGUUUCAAAUAUCUGAAGUUGGUUUCUGUAAGAACUCCACGAAAAAUUUUAACUGCUUACCUAGCACCUUUCUCAGGAAGUAGUAAUAGCACCGAAUAUUGCUGAUUCACUACCUGAUAAAGACAUUUCCUGAGUUAAAAUACUCAUAGCACUUUAUGUACGUUAAAAGUAAGGUUUUACUUGUUAAAAAAUCUCGGGAAUAAUAGCUAUCAUGUGUUCAGUCCUUACUGCCUUCUAUGCAGUUUAUUGCCUUUAUGACAUUUAAUCCUUCCAUCAGUGCUUUCAGUUUUCUGGAUAUGCCGCAGAAGGAUCCGUGCCAGAAACAAGCCUGUGAAAUACAGAAAUGUUUACAAGCCAACAACUACAUGGAAUCUAAGUGUCAGGCUGUCAUCGAAGAACUGCGUAAGUGUUGUGCUCGAUAUCCCAAGGGAAGAUCUCUCAUCUGCUCAGGAUUUGAGAAAGAAGAGGAAGAAAAGCAGACACUGAAGUGCACACCACAGUAAAGUUCUGCCGAGAACCAAAACGCUGCUCUACGUUUCCACCAUGCGGGUUUUAUUUAUCCUCCUGACUCUUUCUUCAGGCCAGGUAGCAGCAAAUAUCCAAUGAAAAAGUCAACUAUAAAAGUUAAUAUGCCAUCUAUGCAGAACAAAUAUAAAUAUAUUGAACAAAUGUGUAGAAUGGGAUAAAACAGCUGCUAAAAUAAAUCUUUUCAGUGAA